GCCAAAAAGCGCGGAUCCGGAAGAAAAGAUCCCGCUGUUCGGCGGCACACCGUGUGCCAGUCUACGCAGUAAUACGCGCUGGGCGUGUUUCCGCUGGGGUCCUGUAACGGGACCGUUACAGGACAGAGUCAGACAGAGUCAGUGCGGGAAGGUGUGCAGAUGUUCACUCUCUGAGUGCGAACCACACGUCCGUCCUCCACUGUUUCGCUCCUAGUAUGCUCGGCUCCUAUGCCACGUUAUAAAGUUGCAGGCGUUUUGCGCUGCAUGCCAUUUUAAUCAGGAGCCCAGUGUUUUUUGGGUAUAUCCGCUAUCUGAGAAGAGUUUCGGCUGAGGUUGGUGGAGGAAAAAACCUACUGCGAUGCCUGGCGAGGAAGCAGGGCCGGCCGAGCGUAAAGGCUCCGAGUCCACGGACACGGUUCUGCCCGAGAAGAGCGACACGAAAGUCGCAGGAGCGCAGCUCCCCGUUGCCAGCCGGUUCAACUUUAAGUCCGUCCUUUGGACCUUUGGGAGGUGUCUGUCCGCCCUGUUGCCCGUGUACCUGGCUGGGUAUUACAGGAUAAGCACUGGCCUGCUAGUCUUUGGGCUGACGGUCUACACAGGCUGGAAACAUGCUCGGGAUGCGAAGGAGGCUCGUCUGCGCUCCGCCAUGCAGUCCCUGGAAGACGGACAGGGAUCAGAGGACGGAAAAGCCCUGCGCACUUCGCAGCAUUUCCCAGGAUCGAUUCAUAUUCCAGAUUUGGAGAAAGUCGAGUGGCUGAACAAGGUCCUGCAGCAAGCCUGGCCGUUUGUGGGCCAGUACCUGGAGAAGCUGCUGGUGGAGAGCAUCGCUCCCUCCAUCCGUUCCAGCAGCACUCACCUGCAGACUCUCAGCUUCACCAAGAUUGACAUGGGACGCAAGCCUAUGAAGGUAGUUGGUGUGAAGGUCCACACAGAGAAUGACAAGGGGCAAAUCCUGCUGGAUCUCUAUAUCAAUUAUGUAGGAGAUGUCGAGAUUGAUGUGGAAGUCAAGAGGUAUUUCUGCAAAGCAGGAGUGAAGGGGAUACAGCUUAAGGGCAUGAUGAGGGUGAUCCUAGAGCCCCUGAUCGGCGAUGUCCCCAUAGCUGCUGCGGUCACCAUGUUCUUCAUCAAAAGGCCGAACCUGGACAUCAACUGGACUGGCCUGACGAACCUACUGGACGUUCCAGGGCUGAAUGUCAUGUCGGAUAAGAUGAUAAUGGAUGCCAUCGCCUCGUUCCUGGUGCUGCCCAACCGUCUGACAGUGCCCCUGGUGGCUGGCCUGCCCAUCGCUCAGCUGCGAUCUCCCCUUCCAAGGGGUGUAGUACGCAUCCACCUUGUGGAAGCGCAGGAUCUUGCGGCCAAAGACAGCUACGUGAAGGGGGUGACGGCGGGUAUCUCAGACCCCUACGCCGUGCUUCGCGUGGGACCGCAGAGCUUCACCUCACAUCAUGUGGACAACAACCUCAAUCCUCAGUGGGGGGAGAUGUAUGAGGUGAUUGUCCAUGAGGUGCCUGGUCAGGAGUUGGAGGUGGAGGUGUAUGACAAAGACCCAGACCAGGAUGAUUUCCUGGGGAGGGUGACGGUAGACCUUGGCAUGGUGAAGCAGGCGCAUGUUCUGGAUGAGUGGUUCCCACUGAAGGACAUUGAUACAGGGCGUCUCCAUCUGAAAAUGGAAUGGCUCUCACUGCUGCCCUCUAGUGACAAGCUGGAGCAGGUGAUUGAGAGGAAUAAGACAGUAGCUGUGAAAGCAAGCAGCCGUCCCUCAGCUGCCAUCCUGGCUGUGUACUUGGACCGCGCUGAGGAACUUCCUAUGAAGAAGGGCAACAAAGAGCCCAGCCCCUUGGUGCAGCUGUCUGUGCAGGGUGUCACUCGGGAGAGCAGGAUGUGCGCUGAGACCACAGACCCCGUGUGGGAGGACGCCUUCACCUUUUUCCUUCACGUCCCCAACCAGCAGAACAUCGUCAUCCAGGUGAAGGACAGUGACCGGGUCCAGUUGCUCGGCAGCCUGUCCAUCCCGCUCUCUCGCCUGCUGGCCAACCAUGACCUUUCUGUGGAUGACUGGUUUCCAUUGGCUGAUGCCAAGCCUACUAGUCGCAUCUCUCUUCGGGCCGUCCUAAGGGUGCUCUGGCUGGACGAGGAAGCUGCCCUCCGUGCGCCGAAGCUCUGGCUCUCCGGUCCCCCUUCUGAGGGCGUGGCCACGGAAAGACCCCAGCACACGACCCCUAGUGACAGCUUUGCUACCGAGGGGGUGCUGCGGAUUCAUCUGGUGGAGGCGCGGAAUCUGAUCGCCAAGGAUAAUCUCAUGGGCGGCAUAGUGAAGGGGAAGAGCGAUCCCUAUGUGAAGACGCGUGUCGGGGGAAAGACCUUCCGGAGUCAUGUGGUCAACAAGAAUCUGAACCCCACCUGGAACGAGCUGUAUGAGGUGAUUCUGACCCGAGUGCCGGGGCAGGAGGUCCAGUUUGACUUGUACGAUGAUGAUGUUGGCACGGAUGAAUUCCUGGGGAGGUUUAAGGUCGGCUUGAGUGACGUUAUCCGCUCACAGCAUGUCGACCAGUGGUACACAUUGAAUGAUGUGAAAUCCGGCAGCGUCCACCUGGUCCUGGACUGGAUGCCUACUGUUGUGGAUCCUUCCCGGCUGGAUGAGGUCCUGAAGCUCCAAGCCCAGAAAUCGUACCAGAACAAGGCCGUGCCCUCUGCCGCCCUGCUCUUUGUGUACGCGGAGCGCGCCCACGCCCUGCCUUUAAAGAAGAGUGGAAAGGAGCCAAUGGCGGGUGUGGAGCUCAUCCUGGGAGGAGUGUCCUACAAGACCAAGGUGUGUGAUCGUUCCACCUCUCCUAAGUGGAGUGAGUCAUUCUCCUUUCUUGUACGUGAUCCCGCAGAGGAUAUCCUCACAGUGAAGCUUUCUCAUAGCUGGGGCCUGGCUCUCGGCUCGCUCUUCCUGCGAGUCAAAGACCUGCUGUCGGUACCGGGCCUGGUGCUGGACAACUGGCUGAGUAUCGAUGGGGCCUCAGCUGACAGUGAGAUUCUACUGAGGGCUGAACUGAAGCUCCUGUGUUCCGGUGCCACAGACGGCAGUGGGGGGCAAGCAGAUGUACCCAGCCUGCUGGAUACCCUCAGCUCAAAGACUAAGAAUGAUGCCGUCGACCCAAACAAGGGGAGACUCCCCACAGCCAAAGAGGGGCUACAGCAGAAAGCAGGGGAUUCUGGGCAUAAAGGGACUGACUCUGUUAGUGCUGUGUCACCGCCCUCACUCUCCCCGACUGGGCCAGGGCAUAAAGAAGAAUUACCCGAGGACAGUGUGGGCAAACGACCCUACCAGACUACCCCCAACUCCAACUUUGCUACUGAGGGGGUGCUACGCAUUCACCUGGUAGAGGCCCAGAAUCUGAUUGCAAAGGAUAACCACAUGGGGGGCAUGGUGAAGGGAAAGAGUGACCCUUAUGUCAAGGUACAUAUCGGGACUGUGAAGUUCUGCAGUCAUGUGAUCAAGGAGAACCUGAAUCCCAUCUGGAAUGAGCUGUAUGAGGUGGUCCUGACCCAACAGGCAGAGCAGGAGGUGCAGUUUGAAGUGUAUGAUAAGGAUGUGGGCACAGACGACUUCCUGGGGAGGUUCAAUGUCAGCCUGAGUGACAUCAUCAGCUCCCAGUACAUGGAUGAGUGGUACACUCUGAGUGACGUGAAGUCAGGCCAUGUCCACCUGGUUCUGGAGUGGGUUCCUAAGGUUCAGGACCGGACCAGACUGGAUCAGGUCCUGCAGCUCCAGACCCAGAAGUCAUACCAGAACAAGGCUGUGCCCACUGCUGCUCUGCUCUUUGUGUAUGUGGAGCGCGCCCACGCCCUGCCUAUAAAGAAGAGCGGGAAGGAGCCAAAGGUGGGGGCCGAGAUCAUCUUCAGGGAAACUACCUACAAGACCAAGGUGUGCGAUCGUUCUACUUCGCCCCAGUGGGAUGAGGCCUUUCACUUUCUGGUUCCGGACCCCAAGGAGGACAUCCUGAAAGUGAAGCUGUACCACACUGGGGAUCAGCCCACUGGCUCGCUGGUUCUGCUUGUCAGAGAGCUGCUUUCAGAACCAGGCCUGGUACUGGACCGCUGGCUGAGUCUGGAUGGAGUUCCUGCUGAGAGUCAGAUACUGCUGAGGGCUGAGCUCAAGUUUGUCCCUGUUACACUUAGGGAUGAGGGGCCACACCCUGCUAGGGCACCAGUGUCUCCCACACCUGAGAAGAUCAAGGAAGGAGCUCCAGCCAAGGUAGAACCUCAGGAAGUCUCCAUUGUUCCCAGCCCAGUGUCCACUAAGCCCAGUCGGACAUCUCCUGACCCCAGCUUUGCUACAGAGGGAUUGCUACGUAUUCACCUGGUGGAGGCCCAGAAUUUAAUAGCCAUGGACGGUUUCAUGGCUGGGGGGAAGAGUGACCCUUAUGUCAAGAUCUGUGUUGGGAAUAUCAAGUUCCGUAGUCAUGUGAUCAAGGAGAACCUCAACCCAACCUGGAAUGAGUUGUAUGAGGUGGUCCUGACCAAAGCACCAGGACAGGAGAUCCAGUUUGAGCUUUUUGACAAGGACCUGGAUUCAGAUGACUUCCUGGGGAGGUUAAAGGUCAGUCUGAGUGACAUCAUCAGCUCCCGCUACAUUGAUAAGUGGUACACGCUGACUGACGUGAAGUCGGGCCGUAUCCACCUGGUUCUGGAGUGGGUUUCCACUGUGUCAGACCCUGUCAGACUGGAUCAGGUGCUGAGGUUCCAGGCCCAGCAGUCGUACCAGAACAAGUCUGUACCCUCAGCUGCUCUGCUCUUUGUGUACAUAGACCGCGCCCACGGCCUGCCGCUGAAGAAGAGUGGGAAGGAGCCUAAGGUGGGGGCAGAGCUGGACCUCGGAGCAACGUCCUACAAAACGAAGGUGUGCGAUCGGUCCACUUCACCACACUGGGGUGAAGGAUUUUACUUCCUGCUCCAUGACCCGAAAAAGGACACCCUGAUCUUGAAGCUGUACCACACUGGGGAUCAGCCCACUGGCUCGCUGGUUCUACCUGUCAGAGAGCUGCUUUCAGAACCAGGCCUGGUACUGGACCGCUGGCUGAGUCUGGAUGGAGUUCCUGCUGAGAGUCAGAUACUGAUGAGGGCUGAGCUCAAGAUUCUGGAGCCAAAGAAAGUGCAGGCUGGUGAUAGAGGCCUGCCGACAGUCUCCGACAGCAUGCCGUCCGAUGCCCCUGGACACAGCGGGCAGGUCAAGCUGUCCUUCUCUUACCCCAAGGAUGACAAAAAGUUGCUCAUCACAGUUCAUGCUUGCAGGCAUCUGACAGGUUCCUCAGACCCCUACGUGUCCUUCAUCCUGCUGCCAGACAAGAACAAGGUCACCAAAAGGAAAACCGGCAUCAAGAAGAAAGACGCCAACCCUGAGUUCAACGAGAGGUUUGAUUUUAAUAUUUCUAUGGAUGAAGCUCGACAAAAGCAGUUGGAUUUGACUGUGAAAAACAGCACAUCCUUCAUGAGUCGUGAGAAAGAGGUGAUUGGCAAGGUACAGAUAGACCUGUCCUCUAUUGACCUUGCCUCGGGGGUCACACAGUGGUUUGAUUUGAAAGAAGAAAGUUAGUCUACUGCUCCGUACAUCCUACUCACAGCUGGUGUCCAUUCCAUGCACGUAAAGCCAAGGCUGACCGCUAAAGUAUCGCUGAUGUUUGCUGAAGUGUUAGCCCAUAACCAUAAUGCAAUGGUCUCUACCAACAGCAACACACCUCCUGCCCAUCACAAUCACUUUACAGACAUGCUUUCCAAUUGAAUGUAUAUUUGUGUACCUCUCCCCAGUUAAGUUUUUUUGCAUCUGUGGUAGGAUUAAUAUUCAUGAGAAUUUUGUGCGAAGCAUAUAUAUCAGGAGGCCAUGAAGAGUCCACACAGAAAGCCAACAUGUCUGCUCCUAAAGUGGGUCAGACUUAAGUGAGACCGGUGAGUCCCUUCUCCCAUGGUGGGACCAACUACAGAAGAGGAGGGGAACCUUCAGAAUGGAGAAGAAUGGAAGAUGUAUGUAAUCAAUAAAUGCAAAGAUAGUUUAAGUGAGUAUGAGAAGACACAGAAUGGGAACAAUGAAGGGAAAGUGGUGUUAUGUUCGUGUACCAGUAUGAGGUUGGGUCCAGGCUGUAUGUGUGAUGUCUGAUCAUCACUUGCCUUAACUGUUCUUAGUAAAAUCUGUAUUAAUCGAUGGAAUUAGUUUCAUUCAGCAGACGUAUUGCUGGAUGUAGGUAUUUUUAUAUGAUAAGCAAAGAAAUGCAUUGAUUUAUGUUUUGCUACAUACAAACAGGCUUACUUUGAAGGGUGACUUCGAUAUCUUGUCUGUUACAGUUGACUAUCAAAAUGUACUGCUUUGAUCUAAAUGCUGCAUGUUUACACCGUUUGUCCUCAGGACUUCUCCUGAUAGGACAGGAAUUGUGGCUUUGAGGUGCACAAUCAGUCUUCUUUGCCAUAAAAAUCAGACCAAAGUUCAGAUCAAUCUCAAUCCGAGUUUCCGUAUUUUAAAGUAGUUUUUUUAUUUUUUUCAGCAUAUUACUCUUCUGUUGCUGUUGAUUUACAGAAACUUUGUUUUAUCGUUUCAUUUUUAUGUUAUUUUUCUGUUUCUUUAUACCUUGAGUAUUGAAUGCAUUUUAUAAUGGUUAAAAUUAUACAGUCGGAAGUAUUUUAUAAGUUUUGUUGUUUAUUGCCUUUGUGAAGCACUGUGAUGUUAGCUCUGUCCAGUAUGUUUCAUUUGUUGUUUUAAACACUUCUCAUUUACUGUAAUUCUAUGUGUCUGUAUGGGUUUACGUAGAAGCAAGCUAGACAACAGAAUCAGGGUUUGAAGUUACCCUGAAUUCAGCUUUAUUGCUAAUUCAUUGCAACUGGCAAGCAGAUUUUAAACAUGUAUGCGCACAGAAAGGCUGCAUUACUUCAUAAAAUAAACACUGUUGGCACCGUC